ACAACUUUUGGAACCACCGAGAAAAUUAGAAAAAUUGUCUCGCAAGUCACAACAUUCCAAAGUUGACAAUGAGAGGAAAUCCAAGUUCACCGAACCAAAUCCUAAACCAAGAUCUUGUGGAGGAUCAAUCAUUUGAGCUGGAAGAUUGGCUUCCAAUCACCGCAUCACGAAAUGCCAAUUGGUACUAUUCGGCUUUCCACAACGUCACUGCCAUAGUUGGUGCUGGAGUUCUUGGUCUUCCUUACGCCAUGUCAGAACUUGGAUGGGGACCUGGAGUUGUGGUGUUGAUCCUGUCAUGGGCCAUAACGUUAUACACCUUCUGGCAAAUGAUUGAGAUGCACGAAAUGUUUGAAGGGAAACGGUUUGAUAGGUACCACGAGCUGGGCCAAGCAGCCUUUGGCAAAAAGCUUGGUUUGUACAUCAUAGUGCCGCUACAACUUCUUGUUGAAAUCAGUGCUUGCAUAGUCUAUAUGGUGACAGGAGGUGAAUCACUGAAAAAGAUUCAUCAAAUUUCUGUGAAGGAUUACGAGUGCACAACGUUGAAAAUCCGACACUUCAUUUUGAUCUUUGCCUCUUCACAGUUUGUGCUUUCCCUUCUUAAAAAUUUUAACUCCAUUUCUGGUGUCUCUUUGGUAGCUGCCGUCAUGUCUAUAAGCUAUUCCACAAUUGCUUGGGUAGCUUCAUUGACAAAGGGUGUCGCGGUCAAUGUAGAAUACGGAUAUAAAAAACAACGCACCUCAGUGCCGUUAGCCUUCUUAAGCGCAUUGGGGGAGAUGGCUUUUGCGUAUGCAGGUCACAAUGUUGUUUUAGAAAUUCAAGCAACGAUUCCAUCAACACCAGAAAAUCCAUCAAAAGGACCCAUGUGGAAGGGAGCCAUUGUAGCCUAUAUUAUUGUAGCUUUCUGUUACUUCCCUGUGGCUCUUGUAGGGUUUUGGAUAUUUGGAAACAACGUUGAAGACAACAUUCUCAAAUCGCUCCGGGAUCCCACGGGACUUAUGAUUGUGGCCAAUAUGUUUGUGGUUAUACAUCUCAUGGGAAGCUACCAGGUGUACGCUAUGCCAGUGUUUGACAUGAUAGAAUCUGUAAUGAUAAAGAAAUGGCACUUCAGUCCAACAAGAGUUCUACGGUUUACCAUCCGCUGGACUUUUGUGGCCGCCACGAUGGGGAUAGCGGUCGCUCUACCAAAUUUCAGUGGUUUGUUGUCAUUUUUUGGAGGAUUCGUGUUUGCCCCGACCACAUACUUUGUAAGCUCUUAAACUCUAUCAACAUAUCAUAAUAUCUUCAACAAAAUAUAAUGAUGUUCUCUUU